AUCACCCAGCACUGCAAAGUGUUUCCAGAUUUGCAAAACAUUGUGGCUGUGGAACAACAUGCUGUAGUUGCAGCUUUCUGGUAGUUCUUCUUGAGUAUCAGAUGAUCAAGAUCACAAGGUUAGCAUAAAAAAUGGGAUCAAGUGUUUCAUUUCCUCCUGCACAUGAGACGGGUGGCGCCAAAAGAACCCUCCUCAUUUUCUCAAGUGUCAUCCUAGUCAAUUUCCACGUCACCACCACUGUUGACUCAUUCACCUACAUCACCAAGACCCCCGAACAAAAUGGUGACUCCAUUGGGGAAGUCAUCCUAAAGCUUCAUCUUGUUCUGCUCUUCUUCAACGACAUAAUAUCUCCGACUCAACAUGUUGUGCAUAAUCUAGCACAACCCGUCAAUACAGCUGGAACUUCCCAGCCACAUGAAGUCCACACUGGGGCUACCAAUGGUAAUGGAGGCUCUGCUGCUCGGCCAAAUAGUUCGACGCCACCAAUAGUUGCAGCUACCAGUACCGAUGGAGCUCCACCCAAUGCAGCCAAUUCUAUGCAAGGUUAUGUCACCAUGGCAGAUCUUAUUGCUUUUCUGGACAGGGAACGUUUCAAACAUGGAGCAACCCCUUUUCAGUUCGUCCGUGACCCAUCUUAUCCAAAGGAGAUUCUAUCCCGACCAUACCCGAAGAAAUACGAAAGUCUCGCCUUCUUGGAUUUGGCACUUGAUUGCUAUGGUGGCCAUGCCGAGUCCUUCUUGGUGGAAAUCUGCAUCAACAACAUGUUUCCGAAAUAUCGCGCCGUCCUUGAAAACAUUAGGAUCAACCAGUUUGCAAGGCUACUCGAUGCCACCAAGAGAACAGCCAUUUCUGCCAAAGCCAUCUCUACUGGGAAAUUUGUGGCGAAGUCGACAGAAAAGAAAAUCGCUGCCCACACCUUGGCUGUCUCUAUCCAAGGCCAAGGACAAGGGCAGAAAAUGAGAGAUCGUGACAUGGCACUGCCACCACCUAUUCCUCUCAUUGUUGAAGAACUUGACGUGCUCCUAGAUAAGUGGAUCGAUGACGGUGACAUCACACUGCCUCAGACGCACCGUGAAUCGAGCGACGAUGACAAGCGUAACCCCAAGUAUUGUCGCUACCAUCACUUUGUUCACCAUGUGACUACGGACUGUUUUUCCUUAAGAAGGAUGUAUCAUCGACGAGUCUCAAAAGGGCUAUUAGAAGUACCAAACAAAAGACAGAGGGUGGACGAAGAUCCUCUCCCACGCCACAACCAAGGCACCAUCAAUGUUUUCACUCAUGUAGAAAGCAUUGGAGCAAGUGAGCCAAUAGUUGAAUUCCUUGACAAUACGCCCAGCUUCUCUGUGCGACGAAGAGCCACAAAAGCCAUACUUUCUAUCACCAAUGAAGCUGGAGGAGAAUGCCUCAACGCUGAAGCACACGCCAGCCGCGCUUAUCUUGAAUCUUCCAAUGUUGUUACAUUCACUGAUGAAGAUAUGGAAGCGUCAUAUCUUGACCAUAGAAAGCCUUUUUACUUAUCUAUUCAUAUCAACGCUAUUGAUGUCAGGCGUGCACUGGGAGAUACUUCGAUUGAUGAACGAAGCCUCUCCAACAGAAUAGAAUGCCUCGCUCUUAAGGCUAGCAAUGAGAUACUUGCUGAGCACCUAGAUUUUUCUGAUGAAGCUAAUCAUCUAAUACCACCAAAGCCAACCCUUCAUAAAGCUCAACCGACACUCACUUCUUUAGAGCCUCUCGAAGCUGUUGAUCUUGGAGAUGAUCCAACGAACCCCAAGCAUGUACAUAUCAGCACUACUUUAACUACGGGGCUCGAUCCAACCUUAGUGGCACAUUCUUUGAAUGUUGAUCCUAGUAUGAAGUGCUGCGUUGACUUUCGCGACCUCAACAAGGCCUGCCCCAAAGAUGAAUUCUCUGUCCCGAACAUGGACGUGUCGAUGGACAAUACUACUGGCUGCGAGAUGUACUCUCUCAUAGAUAGCAGCAGUGGCUAUAACCAGGUCAGUAUGUGCCCCAGCGAUGCAGAGAAAACUGCUUUUCGCACCCCCAUUGGUAAUUUCUUCUAUAUUGUUAUGCCUUUUGGACUCAAAAAUGUUGGGGCUACUUAUCAAAGAGUCAUGGUGGCAAUCUUUCACGAUUUCAUCCACAUAUAUAUUGAAGUCUAUAUUGAUGACAUUGUGGUGAAGUCUGAAAAAAGACUAGGUCACUUCGAUGUGUUGAGGAAAGUCUUCAACAAAUGUCAUCUAUACAAGCUAAAAAAGAAUCCAGUGAAAUGUGCAUCUAGUGUUUCUGCUGGGAAAUUCCUGGGACUCCUUGUGAGCAAACACGGUAUUAGUGUGGAUCCGGCCAAAUCUGAGGCUAUUCGAGCCAUGCAGCCACCUAAGAACCUCAAACAGCUAUGAAGCUUCAUCGACAAGAUCUCAUAUAUUCGCAGAUUCAUCCCUUCGUUGGCAGAAAUACUAUCCACAUUUAACCCUUUGUUGAAGAAAGGAGCCGCCUUCGU